AUGAAGCUUGACGCGACCGAUUUGCGUUAUCUGACGUCGGACGAAUGGCGCGUGCUGCGGGCAUUCGAGACGCUCUCAGCUCACUAUGAAGUAGUCCCCACCUCUGCUCUCUCCUCUGCCGUCGGAUGCCUCAACUCUUCGUCAUUGGCUAGGAUAGCAGGCGGACUAGCCAAGCGUAAUCUCGUGGCUAGGGUGAAGAAUGCGAGCUAUGAUGGCUUCAGAAUCACUUAUGGUGGCGCGGAUUGGUUGGCUGUGAAAGCGCUGAGGGAAAAGGGCCUGGAGGGUACAGGACCAAGAGUAGGCGUGGGCAAAGAGAGUGGUGCGUAGGCAAGCAGACCCUCCGAAUACCGGAUUUCCGUCGCGACUGAGCAUGCAUGCCUCCCUUUGACGUUGCAUUGCAGACAUCUACAGCGUCUCGACAUCGUUCGAAGAUCAUCCAGAAGCUAUCCUCAAGGUCCACCGAUUGGGCAGGAUAUCGUUCAGAGCUGUAAAGGAGAAGAGGGACUAUCUGGGCAAGCGGCAGAAUGCGAGCUGGAUGUAUCUCUCCAAGUUGGCUGCCAAGAAGGAGUGGGAAUUCAUGAAUGUGAGUUGACGUGCUGUAGAGGAGCGAGGGGGGAGUGUAGGGGGCACGCUGGGGACCAAGGCAUGGUGGUGAAGCGCAAGUGCGGCAAAGGACUUGACACACACACACACUAGCUGCAUGCACACCGUAUUUAUUCGCGCCGCUGACGCUACACGUCACUGCUCGAUCUCGUAGGCGCUCUACGCUCAUUCAUUCCCUGUGCCUCGACCUUUGGCCUACUCACGUCACGCCGUCCUGAUGACGCGCAUCCCCGCCUAUCCACUGCGCCAAAUCGCGACGCUGCCACAGGAAGCCAUUCCUUUGCUCUUCGAUCAGCUGAUGAAUCUCAUUGUCAGAUUGGCCAAGGCAGGCCUGGUUCAUGGAGACUUUAACGAGUACAAUCUUUUGGUCUUGGAAAAGCAGUCGGAGGAUGAGGUGGAUGCGGAGAACAGAACCUACAGAGAAGAGACGAAGGACGAGAGGCUACGCGAUGAGCGAGAAGAGAAUAUGACAGCGGACGGGGUAGUGGAGAAGGGUAACGGGUUCGAAAGGAUUGUAUUGCGAAACGCAUCUCGCACCCCGUCUGAGGCGGACGGACGUGUCUGCGGGGACGAUGAUGAGCAUGAGAAGCAAGAUGCCGGAGAUGAAGACUCGGACGUGGAUGAUUCGGAAGAAGAAAUAGACGAGACUGAGAUACACUUGCAAGAUGGCACGACGCUCUCCGCUGUCCUCAUCGACUUCCCUCAGAUGGUGUCCGUUGAACAUCUAAAUGCCGAAUUGUAAGCGCCGUUCGAGACUUGUCUGGGAGCACCAAAUACGCCCAGCUAAGACGUCUCCCUUGUUUCCUGCCAGCUUCUUCGAUCGCGACAUCGAUUGCGUCAUUCGGUUCUUUCACAAGAGGUUCAGAUAUCAAGUAUCGCGAGAGGACUGUCCAAAAUUCGGCGAUUACGUCUCGUCCGACAGAGCGUUCAGGCGAGCCCAGAAGGAGCGAGAGAGAGCUUCGAGGCGAAGUUCAGACGUCGAAGACGGCAACGGUAAUGCACUGCCAGCGGAAGAUGAGGACGACCUGAUGCUGGAUGUCAUCACGGAUGCGAGCGGUCUUGCAGGACUCAUCAAAAGCCGGGAGCUGGAAGAGGUGGGUGCCGAUGAUUGCAUGUUGUCCGAAUAUGUCGAGGGACAACUUCGAGACGACGCCACAACGCGACAUACUCACUUACUUUUUCAUCCCCAUCUUGCCGCAGUACACGUCUCGACUAAACGUCAAAGACGAAGGAGCUCCAGGCGAAGAAGCGGAUCAGAGUGAGGACGAAGACAAAAGGGAGCAAACGUCAGAGACAGACGACGAAGACCAGGAAGGAGAAGAUGAGAAUCCUUAUGGACGUCGGACAGCCGUUCUCGAAGACAGGCCCCCCGAUAUGCAAGGGCCGGACAUUCCGAGCAUGUCUCGUCGACCACGUCAAAGGCGCCCAGGUAGUCAUCAUGGCGCAUCUACGCAUUCUGGACCAGCUUCCGCACGCGACGCCUCGCUACCUUCUCGGGGGGCAGCAGAAAAGGCGCUGAAAGAGGGAGACGAUCGAUUGAUUCAGCUCAGGAUUGCGGCGGAGAGGGAGAGGAGGCAGAGAAAAGAGUUGAAGCAUCAUGGCAAGAGCAAGAGGGGACCCAACACUGGACGCAAAAUGCCAGGUGGGAAAGCCAAAGGUGUUGCGGCGAAGAUUAGGGACGCUGAUGCGUUUUGA